CCACCGUCUCCCUCGGCUAGAUGGGUGAGUGCCGAUCUGCUGCUCAUCAGCAUCCAGCAAGAAUCUCGUACAUAACCACGCAAAUCCUCAACUACACCAUCAACAAGACUAUCAACAAUUCGCAGCCUUUCGGCCAUGGAUCAGAACAGCCACUCACGAAACCAAGCACUCGACAGACCGGGCGCUGUAGACAGCAUGACCCGGUCUCGCGCCGCCACCGCCGCCGCCCAGACGCGGGCGUUUCAGCAGGCCGUAGCGACCAUAACCAUGAAGAUGAAGGGCUUGUUGCAGUUCCGGCGGUGCCAGAUCUGCGGCACCAAGGGUCACUGGGGAGACGAUUGCCCCCAUCGCGAUGCGGCAAGCCUCCACAUUGGCGGCCGGAGCACCGCCGCCACCGCCGCUACCAUGGCCACUUCGGCGGGCCCGUCGUCGGCGCGGAACGUGGCGUCAUCGGCGCAGCCCUACCGCUCCGCCCCGGACCGCAAUCCGCCUCCCGCGUCGUCUCGCCCCUUGGUACCGGGUCGGCCCAGCCACCGCGCCGGCCCAAACGGCGCCGGCCACCAGGGCAAUAGGGACCGCGGCUCGCCACCGGCCCGAGGUGGCCACGAGGGCGCCGCCGUCGGCAACAAAGCGACGUCCCCGGCGGUCCCUCGAAUCCUCACGGAGGUCAGGGCGGCCGCCACCGUCGACAAGAGAGCGGCGGCGUCCCCGGCGUCCCCUCGAACUCGCAAGUUCUACGAGUCCCUGCGACUCCCCGACUACCGAGAUUAGGUCGUGGCGGUCGACCUCUGAGCUGUACCGAUGGUGUGUUUG